GCUAAAGCUCAAAGUUUUUAAACUAUGGAUCCUUAUCAGAAUUCUAAUCCGAGAGGGAACCAGGAACAUAUGCCAUUUGGCUCAGCCGGCGACGGUGGCAGUGGUGGCUCCGAUAUCCCCCAAGGAACAGUUGACAAUAAGCAGAAGAAGAAGCUUCUCCACCGCGACAUCGAACGCCAGAGAAGACAAGAAAUGGCUACACUUUUUGCUUCUCUUCGUGAUCACCUACCUCUUCAAUACAUCAAGGGGAAGAGAGCUGUUUCGGAACAUGUAGGCGGAGCGGUUAAUUUUAUUAAGGACACGGAAACAAGGAUUAAAGAACUCAGUGCAAGAAGAGACGAGCUAAUUAGAGAAACAUGUUAUACAUCGAAUCCGGAUCUAGCAAGAACUGCAUCCGAGUUAGGCAACUCGGUUCCGGCGAGUGUGAUGGUGCAACCAUGCGUGAGCGGUUUCGAAGUGGCGGUGAGCAGCGACUCGUCAGGUCCACAAGCUUUGCCACUCUCAAGAGUGCUUGAGGCACUUCAGGAGCUAGGGCUUGAAGUCAUCAGCUCUCUCACAACAAGAGUUAAUGAGAGGCUCAUACACACUAUUAGAGUCGAGGUUAAUAGUUUUGGAUGCUUGAACUUAGCUUGGUUGCAGCAGAAGCUAGUUGAGGAGUUGAUACCUUCGACGGGGUACUAAUAAUUAAGAAAGAUAACACUCUUAGUCCUAAAGACUUAUUUUUCAAAUAUCUAAUGCUUUUAUGAAACUUCAUCUUUGGAGCGGGUCUUGAAAGUCAUUCUUGGAAGGAGGCGUAGCUUAGGUUUAAACAAGUCCAGGUACGUACUGUUAUGUUUUCGAAAGGAUUUUAUGAGUAGGUCAUAAAGUUCAUCAUCAUUCACCGCCCACACCGUAAAGAUUUUUGUUGCGUGUUUCCUUUACGUUUUGCUUAUUACCUCCAACUUUUAGUUAUCAUGUGUCCCU